CUGUUGCUGGAUCAGUUCAACGACACGCUCGUUGAGAUCCUUCUCGCCGCUGCUGUCGUCUCGUUCAUCCUCGCCUGCGUGAGGAGCAGAUCAGGAGGACGGCGGGAUCAUCCGUGUGUGGAGCCGCUGAUCAUUCUGCUAAUCCUCCUUCUCAACGCCUGCGUGGGCGUGUGGCGGGAGAGCAGUGCUGAGUGCGCACUAGAGGCGCUCCAAGACACACAGGCCACGAGGCAGAGACUGUGGUGCGAGACAGGCACGCGAGUGAGUGUGCUCAAGGCCACCAACCAGGCGCUGACACGUGGCUGGGCCACGAGGCAGAGACUGUGGUGCGAGACAGGCACACGAGUGAGUGUGCUCAAGGCCACCAACCAGGCGCUGACACGUGGCUGGGUGAGCACCUCCCUCGUGUGUCCACACUCUCAUGCCGCACCAUCACAAGGUCGGAAUGGCGAGGAUGGGGGGAGGGGUGGAUGA